CUGUUUCUGCAGGAGUACCUGAAGACGGAGGGCGGGCUGAGCGCCGAGGCGGUGGCGAUGAUCGGGGACCUGCUGAACGAGCAGAGCCUCAUGCACCUGGCUCUGACCGAGAUGCUCUACCUGCAGAGCGACGUCAGCGACCAGAUGACCUACGAUGAGAUAUCGGGGGGGUCGGACCUGCUCCCCCGGGCGCUGCUGUCCCUGCUGGACGGGCCCCUGCUCCUCCACUCCCGGGUCAGAGAAAUCGACCAAUCGGGGCGCGGCGUGACGGUGCGGUUCGACCGCGGCUCCUCGCCGGACAGCCUGGAGGCGGACGCCGUGCUGGUGACCACCACGGCCCGCGCCGCCCGCUUCAUCCGCUUCCGGCCGCCGCUGUCGGAGCGGAAACGCGCCGCCGUGCGCGCCGUGCACUACGAGAGCUCCACCAAGGUCGUGCUGACCUUCAGCCGGCGGUUCUGGGAGGACGACGGCAUCCGCGGCGGGAAGAGCGUCACGGACGGGCCGUCCCGCUACAUCUACUACCCCAGCCACGGUUUCCCCGGCAACGGCGGCAACGGCAGCGGCGGCGUGCUGCUGGCGUCCUACACCUGGGCGGACGACUCGAUGCUCCUGCUGGGCGCCGGCGACGAGGACCUGAAGGAGCUGGUGCUGCGGGACCUGGUCCGGAUCCACGGGGAGCGGGUGCGGUCUCUGUGCACCGGCGUGCUGGUGAAGCGCUGGAGCGCCGACCCCUUCAGCCUGGGCGCCUUCGCCCUGUUCGCCCCCUACCAGAACCUGGAGUACUCCCGCGAGCUGUUCCGGCCCGAGGGCCGCCUGCACUUCGCCGGGGAGCACACCGCCUUCCCCCACGCCUGGAUCGAGACCGCCAUGAAGUCCGCCAUCAGGGCCGCCGCCAACAUCAACAGCCAGGCCCGGCGGGGGGAGGGGGGGGUGAACAGGGACAAGCUCUGA